AUGACCCAUUCACUCAAUGACAAGAAAGUCAAAUCAGACGGCACCUUGCUUUCAUUUGGCCACAAUCAAAGAGUCCAGAAACAAUCAGCCAUCUUACAUGGUGAAAUGUCAGUCUUGGAAAAUGCCGGCAGAUUACCAGCGUCGGUGUAUCGGGACUGCACCAUGUACACUACAUUGUCUCCGUGUAAUAUGUGUACAGGAGCCAUGAUAUUGUAUGGGAUUAAGCGCGUUGUUGUAGGUGAGAAUGAGACUUUUAUGGGUGGUGAGGCGUUGUUGAAGGAACAUGGGGUUGAGGUAAUCAAUUUGAAUGAUGAGGAGUGUAAGACGUUGUUGCGUCGGUUCAUUGAAGAGAAACCUGAGUGUUGGUACGAGGAUAUCGGUGAAGAACUAUGA